AUGGACAAGGUUACGAACGUUCGUAACAUGUCCGUCAUCGCCCACGUCGAUCACGGAAAGUCCACCCUUACCGACUCCCUGGUCACCAAGGCCGGUAUUAUCUCGGCGGCCCGUGCCGGUGAUGCCCGUUUCAUGGAUACCCGCCAGGACGAGCAGGAGCGUGGUAUUACCAUCAAGUCCACUGCCAUCUCCCUGUUCUUCGAGAUGACCGAGGAGGAUCUCCCCGAUAUCAAGCAGAAGUCCGAUGGUACCGCUUUCUUGAUCAACUUGAUCGAUUCCCCCGGGCACGUUGACUUCUCGUCCGAGGUUACCGCUGCUCUUCGUGUCACCGACGGUGCCCUCGUCGUCGUCGACUGCGUUGACGGUGUCUGUGUCCAGACCGAGACCGUCUUGCGUCAGGCUUUGGGUGAGCGCAUCAAGCCCGUUGUUGUCAUCAACAAGGUCGAUCGUGCCCUUCUCGAGUUGCAGGUCACCAAGGAGGAUCUCUACACCUCCUUCCAGCGCACCAUCGAGUCCGUCAACGUCAUCAUUGCCACCUACAACGACAAGGUCCUCGGUGAUGUCCAGGUCUACCCCGAGCAGGGAACCGUCGCUUUCGCCUCGGGUCUUCACGGAUGGGCCUUCACCAUCCGUCAGUUCGCUGUCCGCUACGCCAAGAAGUUCGGCGUUGACCGUCAGAAGAUGAUGGACAAGCUGUGGGGCGAGAACUACUUCAACCCCGCCACCAAGAAGUGGACCACCAAGAACACCGAUGCCAACGGCAAGCCCCUCGAGCGUGCCUUCAACAUGUUCAUCUUGGACCCCAUUUUCAAGCUCUUUGACUCGAUCAUGAACUUCAAGAAGGAGGCCGCCUUCAGCAUGUUGGAGAAGCUUGAAAUCACCCUCAAGAACGACGAGAAGGAGAUGGAGGGCAAGUUGCUCCUCAAGACCGUUAUGAAGAAGUUCUUGCCCGCCGGUGAGGCUCUCUUGGAGAUGAUUGUCAUCCACUUGCCCUCGCCCGUCACCGCCCAGAAGUACCGUGUCGAGAACUUGUACGAGGGUCCCCAGGACGAUGAGUGCGCCAAGAGCAUCGGUGCCUGCGACCCCAACGGUCCCCUCAUGUUGUACGUCUCCAAGAUGGUCCCCACCACCGACAAGGGUCGCUUCUACGCCUUCGGUCGUGUCUUCUCCGGUACCGUCCGUGCUGGUCUCAAGGUCCGCAUCCAGGGCCCCAACUACCAGGUCGGCAGCAAGACCGACUUGUUCAUCAAGUCUGUUCAGCGUAUCGUUCUCAUGAUGGGUCGCUAUGUCGAGCCCAUUGAGGACUGCCCUGCCGGUAACAUUGUCGGUUUGGUCGGUGUUGAUCAGUUCUUGCUCAAGUCCGGUACCAUCACCACCUCCGAUACCGCCCACAACCUCAAGGUCAUGAGGUUCUCUGUCUCGCCCGUCGUCCAGGUCGCCGUCGAGUGCAAGCAGGCCUCGGAUCUGCCAAAGUUGGUCGAGGGUCUCAAGCGUCUGUCCAAGUCCGAUCCUUGCGUCCUCUGCUACACCUCCGAUACGGGAGAGCACAUCGUUGCCGGUUCCGGAGAGCUCCAUCUCGAGAUUUGCUUGAAGGAUCUCGAGGAGGAUCACGCCCAGGUCCCUAUCCGCAAGUCUGACCCCGUCGUCCAGUACAAGGAGACCAUCCAGGCCGAGUCCUCCGUCACGGCCCUUGCCAAGUCCCCCAACAAGCACAACCGUAUCUUCAUGAAGGCCUCCCCUCUCGGUGAGGAGCUUUCGCUCGCCAUCGAGAACGGCAAGGUUGGUCCCCGUGAUGAGUUUAAGGCCCGUGCCCGUAUCCUGUCGGAUGAGUUCGAGUGGGACAACCAGGAGGCCCGUAAGAUUUGGUGCUUCGGUCCCGAUGCCAACGGCGCCAACUUGAUGGUUGACUUGACCAAGGGAGUCGCCUACUUGAACGAAAUCAAGGAUUCCUGCGUUGCCGCCUUCCAGUGGGCCACUCGCGAGGGUGUCUUUGCUGAGGAGCACAUGCGCGGAUGCCGCUUCAACAUCUUGGAUGUCGUCCUCCACGCCGAUGCUAUCCAUCGUGGAGGUGGACAGAUCAUCCCCGCCUGCCGUAGCGCCAUCUACGCUGCUGCCUACGUUGCCCAGCCCGGUUUGAUGGAGCCCGUCUACCUGGUCGAGAUCACCUGCCCUGAGCAGGCCAUGGGCGGUAUCUACGGUGUCCUGAACAAGCGUCGUGGCCACACCAUUGGUGAGGAGCAGCGCCCCGGUACUCCCAUGUACAUCGUCAAGGCUCACUUGCCCGUUGCCGAGUCCUUCGGAUUCACUGCCGAUCUUCGUCAGGCCACCGGUGGUCAGGCCUUCCCCCAGUUGGUCUUUGAUCACUGGCAGUUGAUGAACGGUGUCUCGAACGAGGACCCCAAGUUGAUGGAGAAGAUCUUGUCGAUCCGUAAGCGCAAGGGUCUUAAGGAGGAGAUCCCUCCCCUGGACCGCUUCUUGGACCGUCUGUAA